ACACAGACGAGAAAAAUCGUUUCUGGAGGCACAUACUUUGUCGUGUUUAUAAGAAUAAGAAAUUAUCUCGAAAUUUAGAAUUUUUAUAACAUAAUUCUUUUAAUAAAUUGGUUAUAUCGAUUUCAAGUUUACUCAUUUCCAAAAUUUUAAUUGUCACAAAUGUGAAAAAACUCAGAAUUCCGAUAAUGUUGUUGAAAGCAUCUCUGGUAGUUGUUAUUUGGGUGGGAGUAGCUCAUUCUAGAGCGGGAAUUAAAUCACCUGAAGCCAAUCCUGACGCGAAACGCCUUUACGAUGAUUUAUUGAGUAAUUAUAAUCGCUUAAUUCGGCCUGUUGUCAAUAAUACUGAAACAUUGACAGUUUGGCUUGGUUUAAAAUUAUCACAAUUGAUGGAAGUGAAUUUAAAAAAUCAAGUGAUGACCACAAAUUUAUGGGUGCCACAGAAAUGGUUCGAUUAUAAGCUAAAAUGGGAUCCAGAAGAGUAUGGAGGUGUUGAAAUGCUUUAUAUUCCAUCGGAACAUAUUUGGUUGCCCGACAUUGUUCUCUUUAACAAUUGGGAUGGAAAUUACGAGGUUACACUGAUGACGAAAGCCACAUUGAAGUACACAGGAGAAGUGUUUUGGGAGCCGCCUGCAAUUUACAAGUCAUCGUGUGAAAUUAAUGUCGAAUAUUUUCCGUAUGACGAACAAACUUGCUUCAUGAAAUUCGGCUCUUGGACCUAUAAUGGAGCUCAAGUUGACUUACGUCAUUUGCAUCAAGUGCAAGGAAGUAAUAUCGUUGCUUUGGGAAUCGAUUUAAGAGAAUUGUAUCCGUCCGUUGAAUGGGACAUUUUGGAAGUUCCUGCUGGACGCAACGAAGAAUACUAUCCAGAAUUCUCUGAGCCAUUUUCAGAUAUUACAUUUAAGCUCACAUUGAGACGAAAGACUUUAUUCUAUACUGUUAAUUUGAUAAUUCCAUGUGUUGCUCUGACAUUUCUCACGGUUUUGGUUUUUUACCUGCCCAGUGAUUCUGGAGAGAAGGUCACUUUGUGCAUUUCAAUUUUGGUGUCGUUGACUGUGUUCUUCUUGCUUUUGGCUGAAAUUAUUCCGCCCACAUCGCUUGCAGUUCCGCUCCUUGGCAAGUAUUUGCUGUUUACCAUGACAUUGGUAUCGUUGUCAGUUUGGACGACGGUGUGCGUUUUAAAUAUUCAUUUUCGAUCUCCGUCUACACAUAAUAUGUCACCGUUUGUGCGAAAGUUUUUCUUGGAAUUUUUGCCAAAAGUAAUGAUGAUGCGACGCACUAAAUACAUAAUGCCCGAUUACGAUGAUAAUGCACCAUUCCAUGGAUAUAUCAAUGAAAUGGAUGUCAGAGAUAGCAUGAGCGAUUUCACCAGUGAAUAUAAAAUCGAUGGUGAAGAUGGUAAUUUUGAAAAUAAUGGUUCAAAUGUGCCACAUACAUCUGCUGAUUCUGAAUCAGACAACAUAUUCCCCCGGAAAUUGACGCCAGACGUGUUGCAGGCGUUACGUGGCGUUCGAUUUAUUGCUCAGCACAUAAAAGAUGCCGAUAAGGAUAACGAGGUUGUUCAAGAGUGGAAAUUCGUUUCGAUGGUCUUGGAUCGAUUUCUAUUAUGGGUGUUUACAUUGAUUUGCAUCGGUGGUACACUUGGCAUAAUAUUACAAAGCCCAUCGUUGUAUGAUACGCGUAAAUCUCUGGCACUGGAACUCAGUGAAAUAGUCCUUCAUGCUGAUGGUGCAGUUGAUAGCCGAAAAUUGACCAUUUUUGAUGAACCUUUUGGCACUGCAUAAAUAAAAAAAUAAACAAAAUCCGAGAUUUUCAAAUUUUAUUCGCAUAACACACUCGAUUCUCAUACUAAUAGUAUUACAAUGCUAAAAUAAAACAAUACAUUAUUGACAUUCAAUCGUUUUAAAAAGAACGAUAAAUAUGACCACAACGAACGAACAUGUUUAUUGGAACCAAAAAAUUUGACCAACACGAACUCUUAUGACUCUUCACCUUAAUUUCUUGCACAAACAUCUAUUGAAUAAUUUUAAUAAUAAAACUUCACUUUUUAUAAAAAUUAAGACGUAAUUUAUAUUGAUAAAAAAAGCAAACGUUU